GAGCUUGCCAACGCCCUUCCCUGGAGCUUGCACAUGGCGGCUCAGCUGGCGACCUCCAAGAUGGGUGGGUGUGCCACAGGCGCCGGUGUGCUCACCAAGCCCGCCACCCGCACCGGCAGCCGCUCUCGCGCCGGCGCCGUGCGCACCUAUGCUGCCAAGCAGCUGCACUUCAACACCAAUGGCGAGGCGCUGAAGCGCAUGCAGGCGGGCGUGGACAAGCUGGCCACCGUGGUGGGCGUUACACUGGGCCCCAAGGGCCGCAACGUGGUGCUGGAGUCCAAGUACGGCUCUCCUAAGAUUGUGAACGACGGUGUGACCGUGGCACGAGAGGUGGAACUGGAAGAUCCCGUCGAGAACAUUGGGGCCAAGCUCGUGCGUCAGGCCGCUGCCCGCACCAACGACCUGGCCGGCGACGGCACCACCACCGCCACCAUCCUGUCUGCUGCCAUGAUCGCUGAGGGCAUGAAGAUCGUGGCAGCGGGUGCCAACCCUGUGCAGCUCAUCCGCGGCAUGGACAAGACUGUCGAGUACCUGGUGGGUGAGCUGCGGAAGGUCAGCAAGGAUGUGACGGAUGAGGAGCUUAAAGACGUCGCCACCGUGUCUGCUGGGGGCAAUGAGAAGAUUGGGCAGCUCAUCAGUGACGCCAUGAUGCGCGUGGGCCGCGCCGGCGUGGUGACCAUGGAGGAGAGCAAGACGGCUGAGGACAGCCUGCAUGUGGUGGAAGGCAUGCAGUUUGACCGUGGCUACAUCUCACCCUACUUUGUCACCGAUCCGGAGCGGAUGGUGGCCGAGUAUGAAAACUGCAAGCUGCUGCUGGUAGACAAGAAGAUUAGCACCGCUCGUGACAUGAUUGGCAUCCUGGAGGGUGCCAUUCGGGGCGGCCACCCUCUGCUCAUCAUGGCCGAGGACAUUGAGCAGGAAGCGCUGGCCACCCUUGUUGUGAACAAGCUGCGCGGCACGCUCAAGGUGGUGGCCGUCAAGGCGCCGGGCUUUGGCGAGCGCAAGUCCUCCUACCUGGAGGACAUUGCCAUCCUGACGGGUGGCCAGCUUGUGAAGGAUGAGCUGGGCAUCAGCCUGGACAAGGCCGAUGACAGCAUCCUGGGCCUGGCAGCCAAGGUGUCCGUGAGCAAGGAGCACAUCACCAUUGUGGGCGAUGGCAGCACCCAGGCGGACGUGGAGGCACGCGUCAAGCAGAUCAAGAACCUGGUGGCUGAGACUGAUGCCGAGUAUGAGAAGGAGAAGCUGAAUGAACGCAUUGCACGCCUGAGUGGUGGCGUAGCCGUGAUCCAGGUUGGCGCGCAGACCGAGACGGAGCUCAAGGAGAAGAAGCUGCGCGUGGAGGAUGCGCUGAACGCCACCAAGGCGGCGGUGGAGGAGGGCAUCGUGACCGGCGGCGGCUGCGCCCUGCUGCGGUUGUCCAGCAUGGUGGAUGCCUUCAAGGCCGGCCUUACCGACGAGGAGCAGAAGGUUGGGGCCGACAUUGUGAAGCGUGCGCUGCCGUACAGCCUCAAGCUGAUUGCCAACAAUGCGGGCGACAAUGGCAGCGUGGUGAUGCAGCGGGUGCUUGAGGACGCCAAUCCCAACUUUGGGUACAACGCGGCCACCGGCAAGUUUGAGGACCUCAUGGCAGCGGGCAUCAUCGACCCCGUCAAGGUGGUGCGCUGCGCGCUGGAGAACGCGGCCUCGGUGGCAAAGGUUUUCCUCACGAGCGACGUCGUUGUCGUGGCGAUUCCAGAGCCGGAGAGCGCUGGCGCUGGCGCUGGCAUGGAGGGCAUGGGAGGCUAUUGAGUAACUGACGACGUGGGCUUCUGAGUUCUCUCUCAUUGCAUUUGUGUAACGCGAGCGGCACAG